UUUACAACAUUUUCUAAAAUCCCUAAUAGAUUAUCCAAAGAUCAGACAAUGGCAACAAACGUCGCUUGGAAAUUCCUUUGCCUCGUUCUCUUCUUUGCCUUUGUCACCCAAGGGUAUGGGGAUGAUUUUUAUUCUCUCAAGAGCCUAUUUGUGAGACAAUCGAAGACCGGAAAAAUGGUUGAUAACAAACCGGAGUGGGAAGUGAAAGUGCUGAAUUCUAGUCCCUGCUCUUUCGGUCAGACAAAGUUGUCUUGUGUCGGUUUCCAAUCGGUCACACCCAUCGACAGUAAGGUGGUAUCUAAAUCCGGUGACACGUGUCUCCUCGCCGACGGCGGCUAUAUCCAUGAUUUCAGUUUCAAAUACGUAUGGGACACAAGCUUCGACCUCAAGGUCAUAUACGGCGAAAUCGGUUGCUCUUAAACUCGAAAUGAUCUGCUAUUGCUUCAUGUUAUUUUAGUUACUUUGGCAUAUGUAGUUGGUGAUUUUUUGCUUAAAAAAAUUGUCCAUUUCAUUUGCUUGAGAUUAAUAAAGAUUAAUAAGUAUU